AUUCCCCGCGCAUACUCUUUACAUUAGUAAUUUUACUUUCUACCGCAAAGACCUCUGGGCUGCUAUUUUCUUUUUCGCGGUGAAUUGUGGGCAAUCAUUGGUCCUCCGAGCUUUUCGAGUCUGCUGCUCCACCAUUGGAAAAGAUGGCUGCCUCGGCUCCAUCGGCGGGUUUCUCCGAUUUGUGCCCAAGCUACGCCGUGAUAUGCUCUUUUCUAGAGCGUUAUGGAGCUUUGCUGGAUCUACCAGAGCUCACAUUUCCGCAGUUGGAGAGAUAUCUCCAAGACACAUCUUCAGUUCCAAAGCUCUUGGUGGACCUUCAUGUGAAGUUGCUGAGGAAGAUUGGCAAGUCGGUGUCCGCAGACAGAUGGGAGAAGUACAUUGUGAAGGUGUGCCAUGAGUUCAACAGUACCUGGGCAUGGGAACUUGAAAAUAAAGGAUACAAAGACAUGUCUGUGGAGUGUAAGACUGGAAUCCUCAAACACUUAUGUGAGUGCCAGUUUGAUGACAAUGUCAAGUUCAAGACUGCAAUUAAUGAGGAGGAUCCUGAUAAGAUGCGGCUCCAUCCCAUUGGCAAGGACAAGGAUGGCCUAAUGUACUGGUUCCAGCUUGACCAGGAUAACAAUGUGAGGGUCUAUGUGGAGGAGCAGGACGACCUGGACGGGUCCUCCUGGAAGUGCAUUGUCAGAGACAGAAACAGCUUGGCUGAGAUCCUGGCACAGCUGAAGACUCAAAUCGACCCAGCACUGUUGACAAAGAAAGAAGGAGAGGAGGAAGAUGAGAUCAAGAAGACUGGCGGAGAAGGGGAAAUUAAAAAGACAGAGGAUACCUCAGGGGAUGAAGAGGACAAACUCUCCAAGGAUACAGCUUCUUUAGUGUCCCCAAAAACAGAGAAUACAGAAAGAAAAUCCCCAAAAGAGGAAUCAAAGCUGGACGAAUCAGAUGCCAAAUCCCCAUCGAAUGGCCUCAAAGACAACCAAGUCGAGUCAGAGUCAACAAGGCAAUCCGAGAAGCCAAUGGUGGAUGACAAGGCCACCAUUAACACCCAGGCCGUCAAAGAAGAGCUGAUGGAGGUGUCAGAAUCCAAGGAGAGCACAGCCACAAGUGCUACAGAGCCUCUUGCGGAGAAACAUUGUGUGACGCCACAGACAGAACAGACUGAGGAAGCCAAGAGGAAGACUGCAGAGGAACUCCAAAGGGUGAUGAAGAAUGACCAGCAGGCCAAAAUCCCCUUGAAAAAGAGAGAGAUGAAACUUAGUGAAGAUUUUGAUAAUAGUAGUGGCGGUGGCAGUAGAAUCAUUGUGCGUAACCCAUCUGUUGCUCCUGUCAAAGAAGCUCCUAAAGUUGAGGAGACAAGUAAAGAGGUCUCUGUUGCCCUGGUGGGGACGAUGGAGACUAAAAGUGAUCAAGUGAAUGGUGAUGCUCAGCCUGUCACAGAAAAAAGUGUCAAUAAGGGAAUGAGAGAAUCUCCUAAAGAGAUGGGAAUACAGAGAGAAUCUGCUGAUAGCAAACAACAGCAAACAAAAGCUGUUGCUAGGGAAGAAUGUGAAGCAGCAGAAGCUAGUGAAAAAGAGAAAACAAAUCUGUCCCUGGACAUGGACAAAAACGAAGGGCAGAUGGCAAGCAAUGCUGAGGAGCCCAUGGAGGUGGCCAUGGCCGAUGAAACGAACCUACAGAAAACUGUUCCAGCCCCAAAGGCAGAGAAGGAAAGCACUGAAGCACUGAAAAAAUCAUCCCUAAAAGAGGCUAAAUCUUCAUCCCCUCUGACAAAGCCAUUGACUUCAUCUAAGGAUGCAACAAGCACACCGGAAAAGUCCUCUGAUCUUAAAGAGGAACAAAAAGUCAAGGUAUCCAAGUGGGAUGUGAAAGUGCGUCGUACAGAACACAAGACAUCCACAUCAAUAGAAACAGAUAAAACCCCUUUAUCUAGUAAGUCACAGAAACCAGAUGAAACUAAAGGAACAGAUUCAUCCAUUGCAUUUCAAGAGGUAAAUGUGUCUGCCUUUAAGGAAACAGUUGUCCCUAAAGACAGUUGUCCCCUUUCUGUAGUGAAAGAGAUGGAAAAACCAUCCAUCAUAAAAGCCACAGAAACGUUGUUGAACCCUAAAAACCCAGAAACAUCAGUCAUCACUAAACAAACCGAGAGACCUGAUCCCAUUACAGAUAAACCAGAAAGCUCAAAACGCCCUGAGUCACCAGCAGUCAUAAAAAAUACAGAGAAUCCAUCUAACAAAGAGCGCGCAGAGAAAUGUGAUGGUUCUAACGAUAUCAAAACAUCUUCUGUCAUUAAAAAGACAGAGAUUUCAGAAAAGAGUAAAGAUGCCAAGAACCUGGCCAGCUCUAAAGAGACCAAUAUGUCCUCAUUACUUAAAAAGACAGACAAACCAGUUCCCAAUAAAGAAGCAGAGAAACUGGAGAGCACUAAAGAGACUAAUAAAUCGUUGGUCAUUAAAAUGACAGUGAAACCAGAGGCAUCUAAACAUACAGAGAAAUGUGAUACCCCUAAAGACAUUAUGUCAGCUCUCACCAAGGAGAAACCUGCUGUCAGUGCUGUAAGCACAAAUACAAAUGUUGCCCCUGAGGUGAAGAAAAAAAACAUCCCGGAGAAAGACUCUAAGAAAACAGCCAUCUGUAAAGAUGAGACGAGAGCUGUUGCAGCAGUGACUGAGACACAAUCUGGCCCUGAAAAUGUGGAGAUGGCAGACAUCUUUGAGAAAUCAAACCAAUCCCAACUGGAAGGACCCAAACGGGUAGAGAAAUUGGGUAUCCCUAAAGACCCGUUGAAAUCGACAAUGCCUAAAUACGCAGAGAAAUCUGCUAAACUGGCUACGCCUAAAGACGCGGAGAAAUUGGCUACCCCUAAAGACGCGGAGAAAUUGGCUACGCCUAAAGACGCUGAGAAAUUGGCUACGCCUAAAGACGCUGAGAAAUUGGCUACGCCUAAAGACGCUGAGAAAUUGGCUACGCCUAAAGACGCUGAGAAAUUGGCUACGCCUAAAGAAGCGGAGAAAUUGGCUACGCCUAAAGAAGUGGAGAAAUUGGCUACGGAGAAAUUGGCUACGCCUAAAGAAGCGGAGAAAUUGGCUACGCCUAAAGAAGCGGAGAAAUUGGCUACGCCUAAAGAAGCGGAGAAAUUGGCUACGCCUAAAGAUGCGGAGAAAUUGCCUCAAUCGGCUAUGUCUGAAAAUGCUGGGAAAUCUGCUACCCCUAAAGACACUGAGAAAUUGGCUACCCCUACAGACGCUGAGAAUUCAGCUAAAUCGGCUACACCUAUCCCUGAAGACGCAGAGAUAUUGGAUACUCCUGAAGAAGCGGAGAAAUCGGUUAACACUAAAGACACUGAGAAAUCGGCUACCCUUAAAAACACAGAGACUGCUUCUAAAAAGAUUGAAGAUUUCACAAUCUGUGAAGGACAGAAACCAGAUGCCUCUAAAGAAACGGAGAAACUGGCAGACAUAAUGCCAGCUGCAGCAAAAGGAGAGAAACAUGUCGCCUUUGAGGAUUCUAAGCAAUUACCUUCUCUCAAAGAGUCUGUCCCAGUGGGGUGGAAACAGGAAGAGCCUAUGGAAAUAAGUUUGGAAAAGUCAACAGAUGACCAUGUAAUUAUUAGGGGACAUGCCGAAAGAGGCUGGACAAAGAAGUCUGUUAAAAGUGGAGAGAAUUCUGAGAGCGAGCCUAUCAAAGACUCAAACCGCAUGGACUGUAAUGCACCAUCAGAAAAACAGGCUACCAGCAAGAAGGCAUCAUCUCUCACUGAUGCUGAAGGUGAGACAGACAAAAGCCAGGUCAAAGUAAUCAAGGAAGAUGCCACAACACAGGGAUGCCCUAAAGAGGAUGAGAAGGAAGAUGAUCAGGCUAAGAAAAACGACCAAAAAGAGGAUGAUGGUGCUGAGAAAGAUAACUCAACUGCAGCAGAGAAACUGGGUGAGGCAAAAGCAAGUAAAGGGUCUGAGAAUAAAGAGGACGAAAAAAAGGAUGCAGGAACAACAUCAGAGAUUCAAGAGGAGGGGAUUCGCCUGAAAAUACGGGGAAUUACUCAUCGAAGGAAAGCUGAGCUCCAGAGAACGGAGAGGGACUCUGGGUCCGAUACUGGUGAGACUGGGAGAUCCCUUAGGAGGUCACCCAGGAUUUGCAGGCCAACCGCUAAGGGGGUGGAGUUCCAGGACAGGAGGCUGGAGAAAAAAGAGACCACGCCCCCUGAGGAGGAGGAGGACGAGGAGGAGGAAACUGUUCAGAGGAAACCGAGAGAAAAGCUUGAUCAAGAUGGACAGUCCAAAUCUAAGGGGCGACGGAGGAGAAAGACCCGGUGGUCCAACACUCGAACACGACGGCGCAAAAAGAAUGGUUCUGGUGAUGACAAUGAAAGCGAAUCAAGCGAAGAGGAGAGUGAGGAGGAUGACAGUGAUGAGAGCUUUAAGGUGGAGAAGGGCAAGAGGAGGUGGAGGAACCGGAACAGAGAAAGGCACAGCGACGACUCUGACACCUCCUCGGAUGAUGACCUCCCUCCUAACGAAGACCCCUGCAAACACUGCGGCCUCCCCAACCAUCCCGAGCUGAUCUUGCUAUGUGACUCGUGUGACAGUGGCUACCACACAGCCUGCCUCAGACCCCCUCUCAUGAUCAUCCCAGAUGGGGAGUGGUUCUGUCCACCCUGCCAACAUAAGCUACUCUGUGACAAGCUUGAGGAGCAGCUUGCUAAUCUCGAUGCUGCCCUGAAAAAGAGGGAUCGCGCUGAGCGAAGAAAAGAACGUUUGGUCUAUGUUGGAAUAAGUGUCGAAAACAUCAUCACUCCCUCUUUGGAGGUAGAGGAAGAAAGGGAGGAAGAAAAGGAGGAAGAAGUGAAGAAGGAGAAGAAGGAGAAGAAAGAGAAAAGCAAGAGCUGGGGUCGAAGGUCGACAAGGGCAAAGAAAAGCAUAAGUUACAGGUUUGAUGAAUUUGAUGAGGCUAUCGAGGAAGCAAUUGAAGAAGACAUCAGAGAGGCUGAUGGUGGAGGAGCUGGUCGGGGCAAGGACAUGGCCAACAUCACAGGCCAUAGCAGAGGGAAGGACAUGUCCACCAUCCUGGCAGCAGGCGAGGUUGGUGAGGGCAAGGAGAAUGGACGCCCGCCACGGCCCAACGCCGGCCAGCGCAGGAAGAAGCGCCGGCGUCUCAACGACCUGGACAGCGACAGCACUGUGGAGGAGGAGGAGAGCGAGGACGAGUUCCGUCUCAGUGACAGUACGGAGGAAGAGGAGUUUGUGGCGUCAGACAAGAGCGACGCAGAGAGCGAAGCGGCAGUCGACUCUAACGACGACAGUGACUUCGGCAGCACGCGACGCAGAACUGCCAGGACAAGGAGGCCGGCCAAAUGUCAAAGGAGCACUCGGCCGCGAAGGCGCCGCAGAGCGAGAGGGUACUCAGACGAUGAAGAGGAGGAGACGAGUGAUGAAGAUGAGGACGAAAUUAUGUCAGAGGGUUCCAGCGAGUUCAGCGACAGCGACCUGGACUGUAGCCAACGCCGAUCCCGCCGUAGUCAUACAAAGAGGCAGGUCAACUACUGCGAGUCGUCCGGCGACUCCGAUGGCUCAAAGGCCGGCACCAACCGGGACAAAGUCAAACCGCGGCGGCGCCUCGCCAGCUCCGACAGCGAAGCAAGCUCCUCCAGAGGCUCGGACGACGACAAGAGGGAGAGGACUAGGUUGAAGAGGAGGGCUGACUCGUCUGAGGAAGAGUCCCAGCAGCGCCGCAGACGCCUCUCGCUGAAACGGAGGCGAGCCUCCGAGGAGGACGAUGACGAUUCCGAUGAAUCAUCGGAGGGAGAGCGUCCGGUCCGCAAGCGUGUGAACCGCAUCGACUCGGACGACUCUGACAAGGAGGAGGAGAAGGAAGAAACAAAGGAAGAGGAGGAAGGGGGGGUGCUGGGGAAGGGAGCCAGCCCAUUGGACUACAACCUGGUGGAACUGCACCCCCCUACCAACGGACAGAGUCCCAUCAAGGCCCUGGAGGGCCUGGCUCACAUUGGGCCCCAAAAACCUGGAGCCACAGCCGUCACCAUAGCGCCCAACGGACUGGAGUUGGCGCCACAGGACGAUGAUGAAGAUGACCUGCUGGGGGUCACAGACCUAGUGGACUUUGUCUGCAAUAGUGAUGUGUUGUAAAACAAAGUUGUAUGUUUGUUCAUUUCUGUAGUAUUGUAUUUUUUUUAUAUUGUUUUUUUCUCCACUGAAGUCGUCCACCGUUUAUUCCUGUCCUCUCCUCUUGUGUUUUUUUUUGUUUUUUUCUAUUCAUCCUCCUUGUCCCCUCCUCAGUGUGGCCCCAUCCAUCCAUAUGAACUGGAUGCCUUACGGGGAGAAGUUAAUUCUCUUCACUCUUCGCACCUCUCGCAUUUGGAUUGUACAGUCAUUGAGAGCACUAACUCUAAAGGUUGUUUUGUGGUACGUGAAUUAGCUUUGUCUUAUCCUCUGUACUCCGUCACCGAUGGACAUGCGGGUCAGAUACUUGACUACAAAUGAACCUACCUGUUUCUCCAGCCAACUUCCAGGGUUCUCUACUCAGGGGUAUGUCCACUACCCCACAUGACCCCACCAUACAAAGAAUCCAUCUCUCAACUUCAUGGUUUUGUUCAUUAGGCCCCAAACAGAAGAAGGCAGACAAACUGGGAAGGACUAACUAGACUUGUCCAAUAAACACUCAUUUUUAUUUUCUGUUGUGUGACUUAAUGAACACGACCCAUGAAAACGUGUUCUCUUGAGAAGCUCCUCAGUGUUCCUGCCUGGGCAAGAGGAUGUCUUAUUGUAGGAUAUAAUUAAUUGUUUGUAGGAAGUAGAUGUGUUUUAGCUCAGGUGGGGCUGAGCUUCAGCAAACAAAGGAAUGGAGGGGUGCUCAACAGCGACAAAAGUCACGAGAAUGGCUGACCGAAUUCUUUUUUUUUAUUGGUAAGCCAUUCUCGUAGAUUUGUAUUGUUUAGUCUGUAUACCUCUUGUAAGAUUUGUAUAUGAGAAUAGAAGAUGGCAGAGGUAAGGGGUCAAACUGCUUCCAUUUACAACUUAAAUUUACAUUAGUUUUGUGGAUCAGCUGCUGGAAACCAAUCAUUGUUUUUAUCCCCCACUCUUUUCCCCAAACAUUUAAUAUCAAUGUCUUUCACUUUUUUUGAUAUUUGAAUUCUACAUUUUAAUCCUCAAACAAUUUAUUUGUUUUGGUGUGUUAAAUUCUAUUGGUCAGUUGUUUGACUAAAACCUUAAACAGGUUUCCCACCCACCUUAAGACCAUAUACAACAAGCAUUGGAUGAAAAGCAUGAGCGCAACAGAGUUUCCCUUGAGAAAACUGGACACAGAACCAUCAUGCUAGAAACAGCUUUUUUUAAUAGACAGAUUGGGUGACCAGAACCCACAACCAUUCCCAUACUUUCUUGUAAUUACAAUCUCCAAAAGAGUAUUUGUCACAGAUUUGUUCAAUUGUUUUUACCCAAAGUAUUGUAACGUUCAACUGUCACGUAGAGUUGAAGUUGGAAGUGUACAUACACUAACAGGCUGAUUACAUCGCUCGUGUCGCGUGCGCUGCAAAAUAUAGUUUUCAAAAAUAUGUUUUUCAAUUAUUGCACCCACACUGCUCGCUCGCGCCAACAGAUCGCACUGCAAGUCCUGCCUCUCCCAUCUCAUUGGUUUAUAUAAGCAGGUACCCACGUGGGAUCUCCUAAUUGGUUAUACCCACGUAGGUAACUGACUGACAAACGAGGUCAGUGUCGUUAAUGCAUCUGAUUUAUGAAAGUUGCCAAUCGCAAUAUAACAUCAAGAGAAGGAAAGGCCUGGAAGGAGGAGAGAUGACUAGAAAUGAUUCAGUUGACUGUUUUACGUGUGGAUUAAUUGGAGGAGUAGAGGACCUUGUGCAUUUCAGGUAAAAUAACUAUGUUUAUAUCCCAGGACAAAUUAGCUAGCAACAGCAAGCUAGCUAAAUAGGACAAAUUAGCUAGCAACAGCAAGCUAGCUAAAUAGGACAAAUUAGCUAGCAAAUGCAAGCUAGCUAGCUAAAUUGACAUAAAUGUUUCAUGCUUUUCGACCUGUCUCCAAAUUAAUAUAAUUGGUCCAGAGUUUGUUUUGAUAUUUUAACCUGCGUGUCGUGAUGGCAUUUGGUGUGGGUGUACAAAAUACAUUUACGCACGAUGGCGCAUAGCCGGUUUGGGUUCCGUGAGUCAUUAAAACUAAUUUUUCAACCACUCCACACGUUUUUUGUUAACAAACUAUAGUUUGUUAACUAUAUACUUUGUGCAUGACGCAAGUCAUUUUUCCCACAAUUGUUUAGACAGAUUAUUUAACUUAUAAUUCACUGUAUCACAAUUCCAGUGGGUCAGAAGUUUACAUACACUAAGUUGACUGUGCCUUUUAAACAGCUUGGAAAAUUCCAGAAAACUAUGACAUGGCUUUAGAAGCUUCUGAUAGGCUAAUUGACGACAUUUGAGUCAAUUGGAGGCGUACCUGUGGAUGUAUUUGAAGGCCUACCUUCAAACUCAGUGCCUCUUUGUUUGAUAUCAUGGGAAAAUCAAAAGAAAUCAGCCAAGACCUCAAGAAAAUGUGUAGACCUCAACAAGUCUGGUUCAUCCUUGAGAGCAAUUUCCAAACGCCUGAAGGUACCACAUUCAACUGUACAAACAAUAGUACACAAGUAUGAACACCAUGGGACCACGCAGCUGUCAUACAGCUCAGAAAGGGGACGCGUUCUGUCUCCUUGAGAUGAACGUACUUUGGUGCGAAAAGUGCAAAUCAAUCCCAGAACAACAGCAAAGGACCCUGUGAAGAUGCUGGAGGAAACCGGUACAAAAGUAUCUAUAUCCACAGUAGAACGAGUCCUAUAUCGACAUAACCUGAAAGGCCGCUCAGCAAGGAAGAAGCCACAGGUCCAAAACCGCCAUAAAGACAGACUACGGUUUGCUACUGCACAUGGGGACAAAUAUCAUACUUUUUGGAGAAAUGUCCUCUGGUCUGAUGAAACAAAAAUAGAACUGUUUGGCCAUAAUGACCAUCGUUAUGUUUGGAGGAAAAAGGGGGAUGCUUGCAAGCCGAAGAACACCAUCCCAACCGUGAAGCACAGGGGUGGCAGCAUCAUGUUGUGGGUGUUCUUUGCUGCAGGAGGGACUGGUGAACUUCAAAAAAAUAGAUGGCAUCAUGAGGGAGGAAAUUUAUGUGGAUAUAUUGAAGCAACAUCUCAAGACAUCAGUCAGAAAGUUAAAGCUUGGUUGCAAAUGGGUAUUCCAAAUGGACAGUGACCCCAAGCAUACUUCCAAAGUUGAGGCAAAAUGGCUUAAGGACAACAAUGUCAAGGUAUUGGAGUGGCCAUCACAAAGCCCUGACAUCAAGCCUAUAAAAAAAAUUGUGGGCAGAACUGAAAAGGUGUGUGUGUGAGCAAGGAGGCCUACCAACCUGACUCAGUUACACCAGCUCCGUCAGGAGGAGUGGGCCAACAUUCACCUGACUUAUUGUGGGAAGCUUGUGGAAGGCUACCUGAAACGUUUGACCCAAGUUAAACCAUUUAAAGGCAAUGCUACCAAAUACUAAUUGAGUGUAUGUAAACUUCUGACCCACUGGGAAUGUGAUGAAAGAAAUAAACCUGAAACAAAUCUUUCUCUCUACUAUUAUUCUGACAUUUCACAUUCUUAAAAUAAAGUGGUGAUUCUAAUUGACCUAAGACAAGGAAUUUUUACUAGGAUUAAAUGUCAGGAAUUGUGAAACUGAGUUUAAAUGUAUUUGGCAAAGGGUAUGUAAAACUUCCAACUUCAACUGUAUAUCCUGUUUGUUUUUAAUCAAAUGUUUUCAUGAAGUGGUAUUGACUGUUUAAUUAAUUAAUUAUUGAUACGAAACAAUAUCAAGGCAGCUCCUCAGUGCAUCAUGCCAAAUUACAGGUGUCUUUUAGUCAACAUUCAAAUCUGUUCACCACCACAUUUACAAGACUUUCCUUUUUAAAUAAAAGUUUGAUUGUAUAUAAUGUGACCAACUAGAGUAGACCAAUCCUGGUCUUCUCACAUCUAAUGUGUGCGCAUGCACCUGUUUCUAAAAACCCUAGUUUAGUUUUUGUAUACUGUAUACAUAUAUAAAUAUUAUUUUAAAGUGUGUGCUGCCAACACUAUAAAUGGAUUAAAUGCCCAUGUUUUAGACAAAUGUUUUAAUAUGCUAAUAUUUAAAGGGAUUUGUUAUGUGUGAAAUCACUGAGUAUUUACAGAAAACUCUGCCUAUUUUCUUUGUCCAUCAAAUCAUGAGACUUUAGUAUAACCAUGUCAGCAUUUUAACCAUUAUCUUGCGUUGCAUUUUUAUAAUGUUUUUCUUUCUAUAUCAAACCCUCCUUCAUGUGUAUUGUUUUCCUCCGUAGCAAACCAUCAAGUGGCAUAAUGUUUCCUAUGUACCUUCUAGUCAAUACUGUGUGUAGGUUCAAAACCUGGAAACUAGAUGUACUUACUGAUUACUACCUGUCGUUGUUCAUCAGACUAUUUUGAAGUAAUUCUUUUUGUCUUUCUUCCCUGGUCUUUUCGUAACCCUAUGCCACCACCAGUGUGCAGUGUUGAUUGUAGAGAACACUACACUUGCUCUAGUCUCCCCUCUACAUCUUACUGAAUCAACUAAAUAAACCUCUCUCUGAUCUCAGAAAGCCUA